AUGGGGGAGCUGAAUGAGACAUACGAGCGAUACCUCUUCAACAAACGGGACCAGAAGGCGGACGAAACUAUUGAGGCCUUCAUGGCGGGUAUAAGAACCCUCAUCAAAACGUGUAAUUACCACAGGGACUCGGUCAGUUCAAUUUUAAGAGACAGGGUUGUCCUGGGGAUAAACGAUAAAGAGACUCAAAAACUACUUUUAAGAGAACGAAACCUCACACUAGAGGGCUGCGUGAACAUCUGCAAGGCUGCAGAAAAUGCGACCAUUCAAGGGAAAGCACUGUCGAGUGAUAGUGCCAAUGCCGCUGUCAGUAUCAAGCGUGUGAAAGAUGGACGUAGGCCUAAAAAGCCUAGCACUGCUACUAGUAGUAACUCUGACUCAGUUUCUUCUAAGAAGGUGUCCACUAGGGAUUGUAAGUUCUGUGGGCGCUCUCAUCCGAUGGUGAAGGAAAAAUGCCCCGCCUGGGGAAAGACUUGUGAUAACUGUCAUGGGCAAAACCAUUUUAGUGCCAAGUGCCGUAAACCAAAGGUCAGAGCGGUGUCACAUUCACAUGCCGAAUCAUCAUCAGGAUCGGAUGAUGAGUACUACCUGCAAAAUGUGACAUCGCGUCGCAGGGGCAGCUCUACCCUGACUGCUAAGAUGGCAGUCAAUGGGUGCCAUCUUCAUUUUCAACUGGACUCUGGUGCAGAGGUUAACACUUUGUGCCAAAGAUUCGUUAAGAAAGACCAAGUCGUGUCUAGCAGUAAGAAACUGAUCAUGUGGAACGGUGCGAAAGUGAAACCAAAAGGGGAGGCCACUCUUUCCUUGAAGAAUGUCCGCACUGGCGAGGUACAACCUGUGGAUUUCGUGGUUGUACCCAACAACCUCUCUUGCCUCCUUGGUAUAAAUACGAUUCGAAAGAUGGGGCUGAUUACUGUGAAUAAAGAUCGCUUCAUCGCCAAAGUGGAAACUGAAACGACUGAAUCAAAACUCGGUGACCUUGGAGAGGCACGCCUGCAUGUCAAUCAUGAUGUGAAACCACGAGUCCUGCCAUGCAGGAACGUGCCGAUUGCGCUGAAGGAGGACGUUAAAAAGGAGCUUGAUCGUCUUGUGGACCUUGGUGUUCUGGAGCCUGUGUCCGAGCCGACCGAAUGGGUGAGCCAGAUGGCUGUUGUGCGUAAGUCAAAUGGACGGUUGAGGAUUUGUUUAGAUCCACAGCCACUAAACGAAGCUCUAAUGCGAGAGCACUACAAACUGCCUACGCUUGAUGAUGUCUUGCCGAUGCUCAGUGAGGCGAAAGUAUUCAGUAAGGUUGACGUAAAGAAUGCCUUCUGGCAUGUACGUUUAGAUGAAGAAUCUAGUUUGCUGUGUGCGAUGAUCACUCCUUUCGGCCGAUUUAAGUGGCGCCGCCUGCCAUUUGGUUUGAAAGUUAGCAGUGAGAUCUUUCAGAAGAGACUAACGGAAGCUCUGAGUGGACUCGAGGGUGUUUUCACGAUCGCAGACGAUAUUGCUGUCGCCGGAUGUGGGACAUCAAAAUCUGAGGCCCUCCAGGACAACGACGCCAAACUCGAGAAACUGUACGAGCGUUGCGAUGAUCGUCACAUUGUGCUUAAUGACGACAAGAAAGAGAUUGGUAAGACUGAAAUGACUUUCCAUGGGCAUCGCUUCACUGAUGACAGAGUCAAACCCGACGAGAGCAAGAUUGAAGCGAUCAGGAGCAUGCCGGCUCCGACUGACGUCGCUUGGGUCAAGCGAUUCUGUGGAAUGGUUCAAUACAUGUCACGGUUCCUACCGAAUUUGGCCAACGAUCUGGGACCAAUUCGGGACCUCACCAAGAAAGAGACUGAAUGGGAUUGGUCAGCUGCCUGCGACCAGGCGUUCAGAACGGUGAAGGAAAAACUGACUGUCGCGCCGGUGUUAGCAUAUUUUGACUCAAAGAAAGAAGUCAAAGUACAAACGGACAGUAGCAAGGAUGGAAUCGGGGCCGUGUUACUGAGCGGUGGCCGCCCUGUCGAAUAUGCGUCACGGUCUCUUUCGAAUGCACAGAGGUCGUGGGCUCAAAUUGAGGAAGAGCUGUUGUCUGUUUGUUUUGGGCUUGAGCGCUUCGACCAGUAUACUUAUGGGACUAAGGUCAUUGUGGAAAACGAUCACAAACCUUUGGCAGCCAUCUUGAAAAAACCACUAAGUCAGGCGCCAAAGCGGUUGCAGGCCCUGUUGAUACGCCUGCAUAGAUAUGAUGUUGAAUUCCAUUUCCUGAAAGGAACUGAACUGGUAAUCGCUGAUACCUUGAGCCGUGCUUUUCUGGAAUCGGAGGCUGAGGAGCGGCCAAGGAUCAUGAAUAUAGAGUAUUUUCCUCGCGUUUCUGAUGCCAGAUUGGAGGAGGUGCGUCAGGCCACCUCCACCGAUCCUACGAUGAAAACACUUGUGUCGCUGAUUAUAGAUGGCUGGCCAGAUACCAAACAAGAGACUCCUCAUGAGGCCAGGCCUUAUUUCGACAUCAGAGACACUCUGAGCUAUGAGGCUGGUAUUGUUCUCAAGGCAGAGGCAAUAGUAGUGCCUGCUGAAUUGCGAGCUGAUAUGAAAGCCCGUCUCCAUGCUGCUCAUCUCGGAUACAACAGUAUGAUUCGCCGAGCUCGUGGUCUGGUUUUCUGGCCAGGAUUAACUCAGGAUAUCAAGCAGAUAGUUGACAACUGUGAGCCGUGUCAGGAACUUAGGGCCCGUAGCCCGAAAGAACCCCUGAUCCCACAGGAGGACGGUCAUGGACCGUGGGAUAAAGUCGCGAGUGAUAUCUUCGAAAUUGCCGGUCGCCAACAUCUGGUCAUGGUUGAUUUCUACUCCAACUUCAUUGAAGUUGAUUAUCUGCCAAAUAUCACUAGUGCGCAGGUCAUAUCAGUCAUGAAAAAGCAUUUCGCACGCUAUGGCAUACCUCGUAUCUUACACACUGACCCUGGAUCUCAACUAACAUCGGGUGAAUUCCGAAAGUUCACCAAGGAUUAUGGUAUAAUUCACGUGGAAUCGUCGCCGGGCCACCACUCAGCUAACGGAAAAGCUGAGGCAGCUGUGAAAGUGGCCAAACAUUUGCUGAUAAAGGCUAAAAAGACGAAAACUGAUCCGUAUAUCGCGCUGCUUGAACUCAGGAAUACUCCAAGGGAAGACACCGGUCUUAGCCCCGCGCAGAUGUUGUUUGGGCAUGGUACGCGUUCUGUGAUUCCAAAUGCUUGUGCAAUGCAGCAAAGUGGUGAAAGUGAUGUGUGCAGUGAAGGGCGUGAAAAGCGCAAGGCUGCUAUGAAGCGUAGCCAUGAUAAGAAAGCUACCGAAUUGUCUAAGCUUUCCUCUGGUCAGAGUGUGUAUUUUGAGCACAAGGACAAGGAGCGCUGGAUUUUGGGUAAAGUCAUUGAUGUACUUGGUGAAAGGACCUAUUUGGUAAAGGGGAAGAACGGUGGUAUCUACCGUAGAAACCGGGUCCAAAUGAGGUCCACUGCUCUAGAGGUGCCAGAACAUACUCCAAGCGCUCCUCCUCCUCAUGCUCCACUGUUGCCAGAGAAACCAGUCUUGAACAAGGGGGCUGUACCCCAGGUGAAUGCCUCAUCCCCUCCAAGUGCAGGUCAUGUAAACCCUAGUGUACGUGUAGAUGUGCCUGAUGCUAGCAGUUCUGUGGAUAUUCAGGCUGAUGCAGGUGGUGGUUCCAACGCAGUGGUUCCAAACUUGGCUGAGUCUCCACCACCCACACUGAGGCGCAGCUCUAGAAUGACAAGUGAGCCGCCGUAUUUGCGAGAUUUUGUGAGACCUAAGUCUGGGAAGUGA